UUAUGAGUUGCCUUCUGUUAAUUAUAAGAAUUUGACAUUUCUUGCUAAACAACAUGGAAAGCACUAUAAAGAGCCAGCCUUGCAGAUGUCAUCAGAUGAAGAGAAAGAAAGUCAUGAAGGAAAUAAAAAUAAACAGUCACAGGUUAAAAAACAAAGGAAGAAGUGUGAAGCUAAUGAGAUAGAAGUAUCUAAAUACCUCUGUGAUUUUGCAACUGAUGACAGUGAUGAUGAUGGAUUUACUCAAAAAAGAAAGGCUGGAGAAACCUACAAUCAGCAGUUUUCUAGGAAGGAGAAUGAAAAGUGGGACAGGCCUACAAAGAGAACAUCUAAGAACAAGAACAAGGUGAAAAAACAAAUACACACUAUGGAUGACCAUGAUGACUUAACCUGUUCAUCUGAGGGAGACUCAGAGGAUUAUGAGUUGCCUUCUGUUAAUUAUAAGAAUUUGACAUUUCUUGCUAAACAACAUGGAAAGCACUAUAAAGAUUCAUUGCAUUCAUGUAAAUUUUUGAACUUUCAGGAAUUUAUGCUCUAUAAGAAUUGUCAAAGGCUUGAACAUGAAAGAGAUCUCCUGAACAAAGAAAUUGUCAGACUAAGAUUGAAAGUAGAAAGAAUGAAAAUGAACAAUGAGGAGAUAGAUAAGAAACACUUGCGGGACUUGGAAAUCAUCAAAGACAAGACUGAUGAUCUUCAAAAUGCUGUAAAGCUCAGUGAAGAAAGGUUAAUGAAAGUAACAGCCCAGUAUAAUGGCCAGCUCAACAUACUACGAGACGAGAAUAAAGUGCUACAAGCCAAACUGAAGGAAGCGAAAGAAAACCAGGAAAAACUAGAAGCAGAACUUGAAGCCCACCGUCUCAGACUGGCAGAUGCUAACAGUGAGCGUCACCAAAGUCAGGUCUCCCAAAGAGACCUUGCCUUCAUUGUCCAGAGAACAAAAGAAGAAUGGUCUGGUACACUGGAGUAUAUGAACUCUCGUGCCGAAACCCUUUUCCAACAACUCUGUGAUGCAGAAGAGAAAUUCAGUUGCCUGCAAGCUGAGUUUUGUCACAUGAAAGAUGCUCUUCGAGAGAAGAGUUUUGCUCUAGAAGGUGCACAGAGAGACCUGAUGGAAGCACAGUUUGAAAAGCAGAACAUUCAACUGAAGUAUCAAAGUGAACAAAGAACAGUGAGUAUGUACAUUGUAAAGCAGGAGUCUUUAGAGCAGAGACUGUCCGGACUGCAAUGUAAAACUAUGUCACUUCAACAACAGCUGGAUGAUGUUCACAAGGAUUCUGCAGAUAAAGAGAAGGCAAAACACAGCAGAGACAGCCCGUGUGCUGCAGUGGUGAAGGCUCUUGAAGUAGGGCAUGAAAGGUACAGUCUGCUUUUGGAAGAGGAAAACAAGAAGUUGCUUGAUGAAUGCAAUCACUUAAAAGAAAGGCAGUACCAAUAUAAAAAAGAGAAAGUGAAAAGAGAAGCAGUUUUGAGACAACUUCGCCAAGAACUGUGUGAUACCAUGCAAAAACUAUCCAGAUCGGAGACGUUACUAGAAACUACAUCACGUUGUCACAUUCAUUUAGAAGAUGAGACCCAACAUUCAAUGAGAAAAAUAAGUCAGAUGACAAACCAAUUUCAAGAAGUAGAGGAUCAACUCAAAGAGGAAGGACACCGUGCCGAGAAGAUGCUAGACCAAUGGAAAAAGAUCAAAAUGGCAAAUUCCAAAUUAAAACUUACUGUCAAAGACCAAGCCGAAAAACUCAACCAGUAUGAGAAAGACUUGUCAAGUGCAAGUUUCGUGCAGAAAUCUCUGGAAGAUCAGUUAGCAGAGACUAUAAAAUGUAAAAGGAUGAUGGAAGACCGCAUGCAAAGCCUUGAAAAAGAAAAUUCAAAAAUGAAAGUAAACUUUGGAAAGGCACUGGACUGCAUUGAGAAGUACGUGUCAUCUGCAAGUUCAACUGGAACAUCAUCUCAAGGAAAAUUAGAGCAUAUUGUUUCAGCAGGAGCUCAGAUGAAAUCCUGUAUUGCAUAUCUGGAAUCUGAAAUCUCUGUAACAGAAACUUCUCAAGAAGAAAUCAAUGAAACCACAUUUCGGAAAUACAAGCAACUCUAUCUAAAAGAAUUGAAAAUUAGAAAAUUGUCAUACAAAAAACUAAGAGAAAUUCAUCAGAAUCUAACAGAAGACACUGCUGAUUUGCUUGAUGAAAAAAAGAGUAACAGAUCUUGAUGUAUCACUCUUGCCAUAAGCUGCUUCUGAAUAUGCAUCUGGAUUCGACAUAUCUUCUCCUUUAAUCAUAUGAUGUGUUAAAUGUAAACCAAGUUCUAGUUGGAAAAGCACAUGAGAAUAUAUACAAAUUUUACAGAAAAA